UGUAAACUUUCAGUUUAAUUUGAAAGCGCAAUGGCAUCACAAGAGUAUAAACAAUUGGAUUUUGUUGCUAAAAGUUUAUUAGCUGGUGGUGUUGCUGGAAUGUGUUCAAAAACAGCAGUUGCACCACUUGAUAGAAUAAAAAUAUUACUUCAAGCUCAUAAUAUUCAUUACAAACAUCUUGGUGUAUUUUCUGGUCUCAAAGAAAUUGUACAACGUGAAACAGUAUUUGCACUUUAUAAAGGAAAUUUUGCUCAAAUGAUAAGAAUAUUUCCUUAUGCUGCAACUCAAUAUACUGCUUUUGAAAUAUAUAAAAAGUAUUUAGGAAAUUUCUUUGGUGAAAAUGCACAUAUUGAUAAAUUUGUUGCUGGAUCAUCUGCUGGUGUUACAGCUGUUACAUUGACAUAUCCACUUGAUACAAUCAGAGCAAGAUUGGCCUUUCAAGUCAGUGGUGAACAUAUUUACAAUGGUAUUGCUCAUACUGCUGUGACAAUUUUUAAAGAUGAAGGAGGUGCACGUGCAUUGUAUCGUGGUUUUUGGCCAACAAUUAUUGGCAUGAUACCAUAUGCUGGAUUUUCAUUUUAUUCAUUUGAGUAUCUUAAAUAUUUUUGUAUGAAAUAUUUUCCACAAUAUUUGUGUGAUGAUUGUCCAAGAAAUACUGGUGGACUUGUUUUGACAUUACCAGCAAAAUUACUUUGUGGUGCAAUUGCUGGUGCUGUUGCACAAAGCUUCUCUUAUCCACUAGACGUCACCAGAAGACGAAUGCAAUUAGCCAUGAUGGAUCCUGCUACACAUAAAUAUGGAUCGGGUAUGAUGCUGACAAUACAAAUGAUUUAUCAAGAAAACGGUAUCAUAAGAGGUCUUUACAGAGGAAUGAGUAUCAACUAUCUUCGUGCAAUUCCGAUGGUAUCAGUUAGCUUUGCAACAUAUGAAGUCAUAAAGCAAAUGCUUCAUCUAGAUACUGGCAUGAAAGUAUAAUAUAACAAUAAGAUUAUGAAUGGAUGACUCAUAAUCUCUUGACCUGAGAUUAUCAAAAUUCAUCAUAAAUAAAAGAUAAAUAUUUAAAUAUAAACAAAAUAUAUAUGCAUAGCACAAAAUAGAAUAAUAGUUAUUUAAAUGUUAAUAGAAAAAUUAUUAUUAUUUUUUAUUUCUUUGCAUUGCCAUUGUGUGCUUCUUGAAUAGCAAUUUUUUUUUUAUUUUACAAAAAAAAAUGAUACAAUAUUCUGAAUGGCGAUUGUAACUUUUGAAUAAAUUGUUUAGCUAAAAGUUGAUUUUCUUUUGAACAAUAUUGUAAAAAUAUUUUUAUACAGUAAGAAAAUAAUAAUAAUAAAAAAAGGGGGAUAAUAAAUUUACAUGAGUAAAUUGAGAUAUAGAUAUAAAAAUUACAGAUGCAUAAUAUUUUUUAUAUUUUGUAUUAUUUUUUUUUUGAUGUUUGUUAAUAUUUAUUGUAAUUGAUUUUGUUAGCAUCAUGAAAAUUUAAGUGAAAAGUACUAAAAGUAAUUCUCGUUUUUUCAAUACAUAGACUUAUUGUUUUUGAAUUAGAAAAAAAAAAAAAAAAAAACGACACGAGAUUCUUUUUUUAUUGCAAGCUUAAUUUGUAAGCCAACAAAAUAAUGUUAAAUAAAUGCAAAAUAAAUUUAAGGAUUUGUUGAAAUAUUUGGCAUGUGUUUUGUAUUAAAAAUUCACAAAAUAAUCUAACAAUACAUAUUACUUGUCAAAUUGCCAAAUAAACCAGACAUUUUAUUUUUCAAUAUUUUCAUCGUAAAAAUUCAAUUACUUCAUUCAUUGAUAGACAUACAUAUAUACUUUUUUUUUGUUUAUCAAAUAAAAUCAUACAUGUUGACAUUGAAAAUAAAAAUAAAUAAAAUGUCUAGAAUAAUGUAAAUUUUCCAAAACCAUAAUUCAUAAAUUAACAAAUAAAAAUAUUUUAAGUGUGUUAUACUAAAUAAUUGAUGCUAAAUAAUUUUUGUAAAUACAAAAGUGUAAGAUUAUUUUGUUCAUACAAUAAACAAAUACAAAAUUAUUUUUACAUUAAAAUCUAUUAAGUUGCAAUGAUUCUUUUUUUUUUUUUAUAACUUUCUUCUUUGAGAAUCUUUUCUCAAUGCACAAUUAGUCUACUUUUUUUUUUCCACGCUUAUCAUUAUUCACGUUUUAAUUUUUAUAUAUGCGGAAGGAUUUACUGUUAUUAUUUACGCGUUAAUUGUUUUAAAAAUAAUUUAAUUAAUAAUAGUAAUAAUAAUGGUCUGACAAGUUUAGUCGAUUAUUGUAUUACCACAUAACAAUUUAUUUUUCAACUUCAGCUAGACAUUUUUUAUUUAUUCCAUUUAUUCUUUUUCAAAUAAUAAUCUAGGAAAAAAAUUACUAGUUAUUAUUGCAUCAUUUAAUAAACGUCGUUGUUCAGGGUUUUAUUAUAAAAAAAAAAAAAUGUUAUUGGAUCUGUUCAAUGAAUAAUUUUAACACAACACUAAUCGAGUUUUUUUUUUUUUUUUUUUCUUUCUCUUCUUUUUCUUUUUUUACAUUACAUAUUUUUAUUAUCCAUUAAGCUGUUUUUUUUUUUUAAUUCAAUGUUUAAAUAUAGUUAAAAUUAAAAACAGUAUUUUUCAUUUUCAGUACCAUCACACAUCAUAAACAAAAAAAAAGUUUCUAAUUAAUUUCCAAUAUAUUUAGUUGGGCCAUUGACAUAUCUUUAUGAGAUAUACAAUUUGAUAUUUAUUAUAAAUUUAUAAAUAAAUUAAAAAAGAAAAAAAUUAUACAAAAUAUAAUUAUAAGAAAAAAAAUAAAUAAAAAGUGAUAAUUGAUUGAUAUUUAAUUUCGGUUUAUAAUGAUAUUUAUUGUUUUAAUAUUUGUAUGAAAAUGGUGUAAAAAAAACAAAAAAAAUUAAAUGAUUUAAUGCAUUUUAUACAGAGCAAUUGUUGUGAGGAUGCUUUGAGUAUACAUGUAGAUGUGUAAUCAUGGUCCACUGAAGCUCUGUGUUUGUUGAAUCAACAAGUUACAUGGUAUUACCAAUCUUAGUCUCUAUUUAAAAAAAAAAAUAAAAAAAAAUAAUGAGUCAUAUGAAAUUUAUCAUUGUAUCCGAAUAAUUCAUUUUUCAAACAAUCUUUCAUUGGCAUAAGUGUAAAUCUAGUUCUAAAAAAAAAAAACAAAAAAAAAAAAAACGACAUUUGAUUUAUUAAUUAUUAAUAAUUU